AUGCAAGAAGAUUCUCGCACUGAUCUAGUGUCCCUCUAUCAGCUAGGCGGACAACCGCCCAGUGAAGAAGCCAUCUACAAUCUACUAGCCAGCAGAUACAAACGCAAUCUCCCAUAUACCCAACUAGGCUACACUAGCCUUGUAGUCGUUAAUCCCUAUCAACCAUUGGAGCUACUCAAUGAUGCCACAUUGCGAUCGUAUGCUGAUAUUGGAUACAAGGAUCUAUCUGAAAAGAAGCCUGCGCUACAGCCGCAUGUCUACGAACUAGCGACCAAGGUGUAUUUCAACAUGAGACGCACAGGAGAGGACCAGAGCAUCAUUUUGAGCGGCAUCACUGGCUCUGGUAAAAGCACCACACGCACGCACUUUCUCUGUGAACUACUGCAGCUCUCUACACACAACAAACGAGAAAACAAGCUAGGCUCUCAGAUACAAAAUGCGCUGGUAGUGAUUGAAGCCUUUGGGCAUGCUCGUACAACACAAAAUGUCUCGGCAUCCAAGUUUGGUAUGUUUCAGGAAGUCCAAUUUAACGAGCGGGGCCGCAUUCUGGGUACAAAGACCUUGACCUACCAAUUUGACAAAUCGCGAGUAACUCAAGUACCACCCAACGAACGCACAUACCAUGUCUUUUACUCGCUUUUGGCUGGUACCACCGUGGAUGAGAAGAAUGCGCUUCAUAUCAACUUUAAGCCAGACUAUUUCCACUACCUGAAUCAAUCAGGCUGCAUCGCCACGUCCGAUUGGAACGAUGAAAUCGAAUUCAGUGAUCUCAAAAGUGCUUUGAAAAUGUGUGGAUUCAAGGCAAAGACAGUGACUCAGAUAUUCCAGCUGCUGGCUGCCAUCUUGCACAUUGGCAACUUGCAGUUUCAAGAAAACACAGACGCUCUGGCGCAAGAAGCAUGUAUUGUCAAGAACACAGAUAUUCUGGACAUUGUGGCUGUCAUGCUGGGCGUGCCGCCUACCAAGUUGGAGACCUGUUUGACCUACAAACUCAAGCUGAUUGGCAAGGAAGUGUGCACCAUCUUUCUAAACCCUCAAGCUGCCAUGGAGCAGCGUGAUGAACUCGCCAGCGCCUUGUACAACGUUCUGUUUAUGUGGAUCAUUGAAUCUGUGAAUCGAAAGAUCUGCUACUCGGGUGUUCAAGAGCCCUGUAAUGUCAUUGGUAUCAUGGAUCAGUUUGGCUUUCAAAAUUUUGCAACCAACGGAUUCCAGGAGUUCUGCGUCAACCUGGCUAAUGAACGCAUGCACCACUUUUUGGUCAACGAACACUUUAACAAUGAGCAUGGCAGAAAUGCUGCCAUGGUGCAGGAUGGCGUCCCCUUGCCCAUGCCCAAGGUCAUUGAUAACUCGGCUUGUUUAGAGCUGCUGUUGGGCAAAGACAAGCGGCAACUGAUUGAGGAUGCUCGCAGCAAAAAAGAGGCUCUGAGCAAGUCGUCUUCCCUGGGUCUAGGCGGCAUCACUGGUCUGAUGGACAGAGAUACGGCUCGACUCCAGUCUGGCGCCACCGAUGCCAGCAAUGCCAACUUUUUAGCUUCAUUACAGCGCCAAUUCUCUAGUCAUCCUGCAUUGUCUCGCGGCUCACAGACGUACGCUUUUGGUAUCAACCACUUUUCUGGCACAGUGCACUACUCUGUCGACAUGUUUAUUGAAAGAAACUUGGAUGAUCUUUCACCUGAUUUUGUCAACAUGCUGCGAGACAGCAGCUCCAACACAUUUUUAUCCAACUUGUUCCAGGGCACAGCCAUGGCCACCGAGUCGCAUCCCAAAGACGCACGCACCAUUGUCAAGGCACAGCUCUCCAGCAAGCCCACGCGUGCGCCUACCAUGAGAAGAAGAGCCACCAAACGCAGACCUGAAAAAGUAGCCAAUAAUGAUAGUCCAAGUUCUCCAGAGAAUGCAGCCAACACAGACAAUACGGAGCUUGACCAACAGAUCAAGCAAGCGGAAGAAGCAUAUCAAGACAUGCAAGAAAUGACAGUGACAGACCAGCUUUACAUUACACUGCGAGACAUCACCUUUUCCAUGUCAGAUACCAGAAUUUACAACAUCAUCCACAUCAGGCCCAACGACAUUCAAGCGCCUGAAUUUGAUCACAACCGAAUUCGCUCACAAAUUCGUGCCUUUCUGAUCCCUGAUCUCAUUGUCCGCCACCACUUUGAUUUUGCAAACGACUACACAUUCCAAGAGUUUACGGAGCGGUACCAUGUCUUUAUGGACUCAUUGCAGUUGGAAGCAAGCGGCUCUGAUAGAGAGGCCAUUGAGCGUGCUUGUGCACUAAUGAAUUGGAACCAGCAGACUGUCUUUGUGGGCCGAGAAAUGGUGUGGCUCAAUUAUGAGGUGUGGAAAGAGCUGGAAGAUGGCCUGCGUGCUGCUGAAAAGGAGGAGAGAAACCGUGCCAAGAUGGAACUGGAGAGCAGCGCAGCCUUGAACAACAACAUGAGCCUGCCUGCCUCUGAGGAAGACGGAGGAGGAUAUGCUGCUCAGCAAGGUGAUCGUCUCUUGACAAAUCCAUACAGUUAUGAUGAUGAUAUCAACCAACACUAUGUCGACUCCCCUGAACAAGACUAUGCAGACAACGGGAGCUACGUCUACAGUGAAGGAAAGCCAAGUCAAUGGGGCGAAGAAUCUGAAUGGGGUAUUACUGGGCUUGCAGAAGGAUUUGGCCCCAACAUGGACAUGAGCAAAAUGAUUGAAGACAUUCAAGCACCCAAGAUUGAAAACAUUGAAGAGGUUCCCAUUACCAAUGUGCGUCGUUGGUGGGUUCGUUUUGUAUGGCUCAACACCUUCUGGAUCCCGUCUUUUCUACUAAGCAAACUGGGUAAAAUGAAGCGCUCAGACAUUCAAAUGGCAUGGCGUGAAAAGGUGACACUCUGCAUGAUCAUCUUUUGGUUCUCUGCAGUCAUCCUGUUCUUUAUCGUCGGUCUCGGUGAAGUGGUGUGUCCAGGCACGUCUACCAUGUAUUCGACAUCCACUGUCAGCAACCACAACUCUGCCAACGACAACUACAUGAGUGUCCGGGGCACCGUGUAUGAUAUGACUCAGUUCUCCAAGGCGACACACGGUACAUCUGCUUACACGGCAACGCAAGACGCCAUGGAUGCCCUGGCUGGUAUGGACGUGUCCUCCUCUAUUCCUCCUCCACUGACAGUGGCCUGUUCUGGCCUUGUCACGGACAGCAACAUCAGGAUCCUUGCCAAUACAAGUGUCAAUGCACAGGCUUCCUUUAUCCAUUACUCUGGUGAUCAGGUACAGAUCCCAACGCUUGAAGAUACCAAGGACCCUUACUGGUACUGGAAGACCUUUCUGCCUACUAUUCAAGACUACAAAAAAGGCACGUUGGUCCAUUUGAUCAAAAAUCUAAAGGCAGAUGCUGAAAGCUGGGGCCGCUACGCCUUGGCCAUCAACAACAAUGUGUAUGAUCUCAACGACUACUUUACAACCAUGGAUACCUAUGGUACUGCCAACGGUAAUUACAGCUUCUUAUCUGGCACCGUGGAAGAUCUCUUUAGUCUGUUCAAGGGAACAGAUGCCACAUCUAAAUGGGAACAAUACAAGGGGAAAAUGAGCGUGGAAGAGCAGGAGAUGAAUAUGAACUGCUUGAACAACUACUUUCUAAUCGGCUAUGUAGACCCCCGUGAAACUGCGCGCUGUUUGUUUACAAACUACCUGCUGCUUGCCUGUGCUUGUCUCAUGUGUCUGGUCAUCUUGGUUAAGUUCCUUGCCGCGCUUCAAUUUGGCAGUAGACCUACACCUGAAGACCAUGACAAGUUUGUAAUUUGCCAAAUUCCUUGUUACACUGAAGACGAAGAGUCUCUUAAAAAAACGAUUGAUUCGCUCACCGUGAUGAAGUAUGACGAUAAGCGCAAGCUGCUGUUCAUCAUUGCUGACGGCAUGGUCAUGGGUAGUGGCAAUGAUCGCCCCACGCCUCGCAUUGUGUUGGAUAUCCUGGGCUACGACACCAAGCAGGACCCUGAGCCUCUCAUGUUCAAGUCUGUAGGCGAGGGUGCCAAGCAGCUGAAUUACGGCAAAAUUUACUCUGGCCUGUAUGAAUGCGAGGGCCAUGUUGUGCCGUAUCUCGUGGUCGCCAAGGUGGGUAAAGCCUCUGAACGCGCCAAGCCUGGUAAUCGUGGUAAACGUGAUUCUCAAAUGAUCUGCAUGAACUUUUUGAACCGUGUCCAUUUCGACAGCGAAAUGACGCCCAUGGAAUUGGAGAUGUACCAUCAGAUCAAGAAUGUCAUUGGCGUGAAUCCUUCUUUUUACGAGUACAUUCUCAUGGUGGAUUCUGACACGGAGGUUAUGGACUACUCGCUGAAUCAUCUUAUCUCGGCCAUGCUGCACGAUGCGCGUAUUAUGGGCAUCUGUGGUGAAACGGCUCUGGCCAACGAGAAGCAAUCGUGGACUACCAUGAUUCAGGUGUAUGAAUACUACAUUUCGCAUUAUCUCGCCAAGGCAUUUGAGUCUCUGUUUGGCUCUGUCACCUGUCUGCCUGGUUGUUUCUGUAUGUACCGUAUUCGCACGCCUGUCAAGAACGAGCCCCUCAUUAUCUCACCUUCUGUGGUCCACGACUAUGCUGAAAACCAUGUGGAUACGCUGCACAAGAAGAAUUUGCUGUCGCUAGGUGAAGAUCGAUACCUGACCACACUGAUGAUGAAGCACUUUCCUCAGUACAAGAUGAAGUUUACGCCCUAUGCCAUGUGUCGUACUGUCGCCCCUGAUAAAUGGAAGGUGCUACUGUCUCAGCGUCGUCGCUGGAUUAACUCUACCAUUCACAAUUUGAUGGAAGUUGCUCUGCUGCCUGAUCUCUGUGGUUUCUGUUGUUUCUCUAUGCGUUUUGUCGUGCUGGUGGAUCUGAUUGGUACCUUGACACUGCCAGUAUCGUUUGCUUACCUCGUUUACCUGAUCUACGUUAUGGCAGCUCACGCUGGUCCCUUCCCUACACUGGCUAUUGGUAUGUUGGCUGGUUUGUACGCACUUCAAGUCAUUAUCUUUAUCCUCAAACGCCAAUGGCAACACAUUGGCUGGAUGAUAUUUUAUCUAUUUGCUCUUCCUGUCUACUCAUUCGCGCUGCCCAUCUACUCUUUCUGGCAUUUCGAUGAUUUUUCGUGGGGUAAUACGCGUGUUGUCGUAGGUGACAGUCAGAGAAAGAUCAUUGUUACAGAUGAAGAAAAGUUUGACGAAAAGAUGAUUCCCAUGAAGAAGUGGAGUGUCUAUGAACAGGAGCUGUGGGAGAUGCAAUCGCAUCGCUCUGGAGAGUCUGGCUUGACUGGAAACUCGUACAACAGCUAUGGUAUGGUGCCUCCGGGCUACAAUCGCAGUGUUUAUAGCGGCAUCAGCAGCCCUGCUGGCGAGUAUGACUAUUAUCGCGAUACCAAGGUGAACGAUAAGCCAAGAAAUAGGCAGUCGUAUGCCUUUAGUACAUCAGGUUCUGCUGUGGGUUCUGACUACGGUGGAAGCGCUCCUACACCUGGCGGUAUGAUCCCUAUGCAAGAGUAUAACCGUAAUAUGAUGACUACACCACCUCCUGGUAUGCCAAUGAGACCCAUGUCCUUUGCAAGCUCUGCUCAUCCGGAUUUCAUGAGCCAAAUGCAGCCCAUAAAUACUAUGACACCGAUGCCACCGAUGCAGCCCAUGAUGAUGGAUCCAAACUACCCACAUGACAUGCAAAGCCCAAGUCUCUACAAUACCCAGUUGCCUCUCAUGUCUCAACCGGCAUUUGAUCCCAGCGCUAUGGGAGGUGCCCCUUCGCCUGCCUUCAAUAAUCGCCCUCGCACUAAUUCUACCUUUGAUCCAUCAACAGGUGGUUCUCAGCUGUUUGGACACACACAGAGUGAAAUGGAUACACCCGCCAUGGGUAAUGUGAGUCAGAUGUCUGUAUUGCCGCCCAUGAUUCCAGCUGGCUUCCCUACAGAUGAGGAGAUUUUGAGCGAGAUUCGUACCAUUUUAGCAACAGCUAAUUUGAUGAGUAUUACGAAGAAACAAGUUCGUGAGCAGCUGUCUGAUAUCUUUGAAUUCGAUAUGAACUUCAAAAAGGAUUUCAUCAAUAGUAGUAUAGAAUAUAUCCUUCAAGGCAAAUUAUAA